AUGGACAUUUCUGAACCAGCUGCAAACAGAAAGAAUGCUAUUGUAUGGGAGGUUAUCAUAUAUGGAUGGUGUUGGCUUAAGGCAUUGGCUGAGAGAUACAAGAAGCUAAUGGUUGAAUUUAAAAACAAGGUAAAGAAAGUUGGAACUGAUGAUCCAAGAAGGGUAACCCAUUCUCUCAAAGUGGGAGUAGCACUUUUAUUGGUUUCUCUCAUCUACUACGAUAAACCACUCUAUGGUGGAUUUGGUUCCUCGACUAUGUGGGCAGUCUUAACAGUGGUAGUUGUCUUCGAGUUUCGUGUAGGAGCCACAUUAAGCAAAGGAAUUAAUAGAGUGUUAGCAACCUCGGUAGCUGGUUCCUUAGGCUUGGUAGUUCAUCAUUUGGCAUGUCUAACUGGUGAUAAAGUAGAGCCUGUACUGCUUUGCUUUUCAGUUUUCCUUCUAGCGGCAGCAUCGACGUUUACACGAUUCUUUCCUGGUGUAAAAGCAAGAUAUGACUAUGGGAUGGUGAUAUUUAUAUUGACAUUUAGUUUAGUAGCAGUAUCAGCUUAUAAGACAGAUGAGAUCUUACCGGUUGCGGGUGAAAGGCUAAUAACUAUUCUAAUUGGUUGUGUUACAUGUGCUGUUAUAUCUAUUUUUCUGUUUCCUGCAUGGGCUGGUGAAGAUUUACACAAACUAAUGUUUCAAAACAUAGAACAGCUUGCGGUAUUCUUAGACGGAUUCGGAGGAAAAUAUUUUGGAGAGGAUACAACCGUAGUCACAGGUAAAAAAUCAUUUCUGGAGGGAUACAAAAAGAUUCUAAGCUCUAUGCACGAGGAAGAGGCACUGACAAAUUUUGCAAGAUGGGAGCCACCUCAUGGCUCAUUCCAGUUUGGUUAUCCGUGGAAGCAUUAUCUAAAAAUUGGAAAAUUAACCCGACGAUGUGCAUACAGAAUCGAAGAACUUCACAACUGCAUCACAUCUAAAAUGAAAGCACAAUCAGAGUUCAUAAAGAUGAUUCAGGAUUCAUGCAUGGAUUUGGGCAAGGAAUCUGGUAUCACUUUGCAGGAACUUUCGGCAGCGGUUAAGCAAAUGACGUACCCAAAGACUGCUCCUAAACAUAUCAAGAACUUGAAAAUGACAGCUGAUAACUUGAAAGCAAUCCUGAAGAUGGUUACGUUAGAGAAUGCUAACGUCUUAGAGGAUGUCAUGUCAGGAGCUAUGGUGGCCUCAUUACUAGUUGAUAUCGUUGGAUGCAUAGAAGAUAUAGCAGAGUCCAUUAUUGAGCUUGCUCACUUGGCAAAAUUCAAAGGUGCUGAUCCUGCGGUUAGGCAGGAGAAACUUAGCCAACAGUUGGGAAACAUAAAGGUACAUCUGUGA